AGCAGUCGGAGUUUAAACGUCAAAACGUGCAAAAUGUUAACUAAAUCGCAACUAUUUCUAUUUGUGGCUUUGGCUCUGGUCUAUGUGAAUUCGACUGGAGCAGCCGAUGUUGAUUGCUCCAAAAAGCCACCAUUUAUGAAUCCACGUACCUGUUGUCCUGUGCCGGACUUUUUAACUGCCGAUUUGAAGGAAAAAUGCAAGGAAUUCGAUACUACCCCAUCGCCUGCUAGUGUAGAGGCCAGUGGAGAAGGUGGACGCGGCCGACGUCAUCAUCCCCAUCAUCCUCCUCCGUGCCUCUUCUCAUGUGUGUUCAAUGAAACUGGCAUCUAUGUAGAUCAAAAAUUGAACUCGGCCAAAUUGGAUGCCUAUCUGAAAGUGGUCUUUAAGGAUAGCACUGAAUUGCAACAGUUAACAACCGAGGCUUUUAACAAUUGUACCACCAAAAUGGCUGAGUUCAAGGCGAAAAUGGGUGAUCGCCAGCCACCACCACCUCCACCAGGCAUGCCCAUGUGUCCCAUGGACUCUGGUUUCCUAAUGGGUUGCGUUUUCAAGAAGACCAUUAAGAAUUGCCCGGCUUCCAUAUGGAAUAAUACUGAUGAUUGCAACAAUAUGCGUGAGUUCUUCAACAAUUGCAAGCCUCCACACCGUGGUCCCGGUGGUCCUCCAUCAGCUGAGGAUAUGUAAAUCAAACGAAGCCUUAGCAAUGAAAUCCUCUUAACACAAAUCAACAAAAAAAAAAAAAACCAUAAAAAAACAAACUUUUGAACAAAUUUUAAAUUUCUUUCAGUGUGUAAAUAAAUCAAUUAGAUGUGACUAUGAAGCUUAA